AUGACGUCGUCCUCGGGAGGUGGAAUGGGCGACGGCGGUCAGGACACGUGGCAGUUGCGGUUGACGGCGGUGACGCUGACGACCGGCGAGAAAGUGUUUAUUCAGCGUGACUACACGGAAGGCACUGGUGUGAAGUUUGAAACGCGAUUCCCGCAAGAACUCGAGGGGAAGAUUGAUCGGCAAGUCUUUGAAGACGCCAUCAACGAAAUCAACUCGGUGUUUGCAGAAGCGGAGCACUUGUCGUGCUCGUCCUGUUUAAGUGGGUGUUUGGCGUGCUUAACGGGAUAUUUCACGCUGUGUUGUAUGGAAACUCACUACGAGAAGUGCUUGAAAAAGGUUAGUCGUUUGAUUUAUCGUCGGAAUGAACGAGAUUUUAUACCGAAGGGACUGAUGCUCGGGGAGCCGGUCGAACGCGCUUUACGAGUGAUUGAAAUCACUAUCCUCAAUACCAGCACCGUGACAUAGAAUCCGAGGAUUGCGUGCGUGUUGGCCUUGUGCAUUGGCGGAAAUAAAAAAAAAAGGUGGGCCGAGUCUUUUGCUUGUGUUGUUGUCGUCGUCGUCGUCAUCAUCGUCUACCCGAGCGAAGCAAAAGCAAGAAUUCGAGGGGUCCCUGGAAGUUGCAUCGAAUCCGUUGCUGGGUUCUGACUGACUUGUUGCUGUGCACCGGUGACAGGAAUGAAAAAAAAAAUGUGGGGGUGGGUGGUUGGUUGGAGUGUGGAUGCUUUCCUACUGCGAGUCUUCGUACAUGUGGCAAAAGUGAAUGACGGAAAUGGAUGUACGAAUGCGAUUUUUCCACAA